AUGAUGGCAAUGCUGUUAGCACAUCUAAAGCGUAUCAGUGAGAAAAAUCGUGAGACCCACAUUUCAGAUUGUGUAAUGGGUAUACCCUCAUACUUCACUGACUUACAAAGGCGAGCAUAUUUAAAUGCAGCAGAGAUUGCUAGCUUGAAGCCUUUGAGAUUGAUGCAUGAUUGCACUGCUACUGCACUAGGGUAUGGUAUCUACAAGAAUGAUUUAUCUGGUGCAAGACCAACCAACGUUGUGUUUGUCGACAUUGGUCAUUGUGAUACUCAGAUUGCUGUUGCAGCAUUUGAACUUGGACAAAUGAAGAUACUAUCCCAUGCCUUUGACAGGGACUUGGGAGGAAGAGACUUUGAUGAGGUUUUGUUCAGACAUUUUGCUGUGCAGUCCAAGGAACGGUACCAUAUUGAUGUUUACUCUAAUGGUCGGGCUUCUAAAAGGCUGAGGGAGGCAUGUGAAAAACUGAAGAAAGUCUUGAGUGCGAAUCCAGAGGCACCGCUUCAUAUUGAGUGUUUGAUGGAUGAAAAAGAUAUUCAUUCUGUUGAGCUUGUGGGGUCUGGGUCUCGCAUACUAGCUAUUAAAAGGAUUUUAGCUUCUCUUUUCAAUAGAGAACCCAGCCGGACACUAAAUGCAAGUGAAUGUGCAGCUCGUGGCUGUGCUCUUCAGUGUGCAAUGCUGAGCCCAAUAUUCCGUGUUAGAAAGUAUGAGACAUCCUUCUGGAAUUAUGCUUCUUUGGACAUAAACCUGUAUAAUAAAUCCUUCGGUUUAGUGCGCACUGGGAAGCUUUUGCAAUUUGAUUUCUCUUUUAUCAAUAAAGGGAUAACCAAGGUUCAGGAUUCAUUUCCCUUCUCCAUAGGAUUGUCAUCAGGUGCAGAUGCAAUUUACACGCUGUCUAAUGGCGUUUUGUUUCCAAAAAGUCAUCCAUUUCCUAGUUUGAAGAUGCUUACAUUGCAUAGAAGUAAUACAUUCGAUAUAGAAGUUUUAUACUCUGAUCCAAAAGAAUUGCCUCCUGACACUUCAACUAAAUCAGCAAUUUUAUGGUCAGUUUAUGAUUUAGUUUCAUUGGCUGAUGUUUAUGAUACUGGUGGUUGGGGUUUCUUGAAUAGCAGAAAGUGGUUCUUCAAAGAGAUGUUGUGGAUUGGCCCAUUCCAAGUGUCCAAUAGUAAACAGACAAAGGUCAAAGUUAAAGUUCAGCUAAACCUUCAUGGAUUUGUUACUGUAGAUUCAGCCUCAUUACUUAUAGAAGAUUCCUGGGAUGAUUCUACUGUAAGGAGCAAUUCUCAUUUGACUUCAGAGAAGAUGGAGGUUGACAAUGUUGGGUCUUCCGAUGUAGCAAAGGUUGCUGAUGAUACUUAUUUUGCACACUCCGAUGCUUCAUUUACACCCGCUCUCCUGCAUACAUAUCGGAGCUUUGCAACGGAGUCAGAAUAGGAGGGGAUCUCUAUGCAUCUACAACAGACAGAGGAGUGGCUCUAUGAGGACGGAAAUGAUGAAUCUGAGCAUGCCUACACUGAGAAACUUGAGGACCUUAAAAGGUUAUUGGAUCCUGUUGAAAAUAGAUAUAAAGAUGAAGAGGCACGAGCACAAGCAACGAGGGGCUUAUUAAAUUGCAUUGUAGAAAAUCGGAUGGCUGUGGGACCCCUUCCUGCCAGUGAGAGAGAAACAGUAUUCAAUGAAUGCAAUAAAGCAGAGCAGUGGCUGCAAGAGAUGUCUCAGCAGCAGGAUUCUUUGCCCAAGAAUGCUGAUCCAGUAUUGUGGUCAAGUGAAAUCAACAGCAAAGCAGAGUCUCUUGAUGCGUAUUUUUCUUGCAUGCUAAUUGCACAAUGAUUUUAAACUUGCAAAUUACAGAAACAAGUUUUAAACUUCAGAUUCCCAGUUCAUUUUAAUGUUGAGUGCAGUACUGCUUUAUAAUUGACCAAAAUUUGACUCUCUAGAUGACUGGAAUGAUCUAUUAUGUCAUUUAAUUGCUUGGAAGGUGAUCAGG